AUCUAAAGACUUCUCUCGAGAAAAGCGCGUUGAUAAUUGGUUUAUAAUGGGGUCUGGAAUCCCACUCGAGUUGAGGAAAGGGAAUAUCUGAUGUAGGAUUCCUGGGCCCUCUGGGGGCCUCUGUUCCUCGGGGUGGGGCUGAGAAGGCGGGGAAUGCCGACCUCCUUAUCUCCAGAGCCAGCUGUGGCUUCCUGGCGCUGGAACACUCAGCUGGGGCUCUUUGCCAUGGGGUCUCUGCUCCUCCUUUCCCUGUUGCUUUUGCUGGAAGGGGCCUACUCAGGAGGCAGGAGCGUGAGGGGGCGCCGGGCUGCGUGGGUGCAAGGCCCCAGGGUCAUCCCUCCCUCAUCCUUAGGAAACUCAGUGUCAUUCUGGGUACGCUUAAGCCCAGAGUUUGUGGCUGUGCCGCCCGGGAACUCAGUAUUGCUCAACUGCUCCAGCAGCUGCCCUCAGCCGGAGAGCUACACACUUAGAACCCAGCUGCAGCAUCGAGAAACCCUCAGGGGGCCGGGCUGGGUGUCCUACCAGCUGCGGGAUGUGAGGGCCUGGAGCUCAGAUGUGCAUUGCGUGGUCACCUGCGCCGGGGAACGGCUCCAGGCCACGGCCAGAGUCACCACCUACAAGCGGCCACACAGCGUGAUCCUGGAGCCUCCAGUCUUGGUAGGCAAUGAGUACAUGCUGCGCUGCCAAGUGACGCACGUGUUCCCCGUGGGCUUCCUGGUAGUGACCCUGCAGCGUGGUGGCCAAGUCAUCUACUCCGAGAGCCUGAAGCGCUUCACAAAUGUGAAUCUGGCCAAUGUGACGCUGAGCUACAGGGUACCCUCCCAGGGCCGCGACCUCUUGCAGCCUGUGACGUGCCAUGCGCGCUUCAAUCUCAACGGCAUGGUGGUCCGCAGCAGCUCAGCGCCCUUGAUGUUAACUGCCCUUGGUGAGGCACCUCUAAUCUUGGGGACUUGGAGAGAGGGUGGGGAAGGACCCGAAAAGGGCACACGGCUCCUGGUGAGCUCUACACGGUACCUUCAUGUGCUGGUUCCCUGAUUCCUGCCUCCUGCCCUCAGCUUGGAGCACCGAGUCCUGCCUCCAGCCCUCAGCUUGGAGCACUGAGUCCAAAGCCUUGGCCUUCACCUCCAUUGCAGCACUUGUGGUGAUCCUUCUUGCUGUGGGAGCCGCCUACCUGUGCAAGUGCCUGUAGAUGCAGGCCCAGGUGUAGGGGAGUAGGGGGGAGUGGUCCGCCCCUGCAGAAGGGAAAAAAAAAAAAAAAAAACAACAGAA